AUGGCGCUGCAGCGCAGGAGCGCGCCCAAGGCGCACGAGGCCGGGGCCGGGGCCGGCGAGCGCAGGCGGCGCGGCCGGAGCCAGGCCGGCAACAAAGGAGGCUGGACACCCAGGCAGCUGCGCAAAAAGUGGCUGAGUGUUGCCGUGGUGCUGGGGACCUGUGUGGGACUUGCCGGAUUCCUGCUCCAGGGUCAACAGGGUGGUGAAGAGGGCAUCACCGAAGUCCUGGCUGGUCGUAGUGAAGUCCUGUCUGGCAAGUUCUUCAUAGUUCCCUGUUCCGAAGACUAUGACAGUCACCGUAGAUUCGAAGGCUGCUCCCCCAGGACGUGUGGCCGGGCUGUCACAGACGCUGUCAUCACCAGGGAGGAAGCCCAGCGCAUUCGCAGCAUUGCUGAGAAGGGGCUGGCCCUGGGAGGAUCCGACGGCGGGGCCUCCAUCCUGGACCUGCACUCGGGUGCCCUGUCAGUUGGGAAGCACUUUGUGAACCUGUACAGGUACUUCGGGGACCAAAUCCAGAAUGUCUUCUCCGAAGAGGACUUUCAGCUCUACCGAGACGUGCGGCGCAGGGUCCAGCUUGCCAUCGCCCAGGCCUUCGGCAUCAGCGCAUCCGCCCUGCACCUGACCAAGCCCACCUUCUUCUCCCGCAUCAACAGCACCGGGGCCCGCACGGUGCACGACGAGUACUGGCACGCGCACGUGGACAAGGUGACCUAUGGCUCCUUUGACUACACGUCGCUGCUGUACCUCUCUGACUACCUGACCGACUUUGGCGGGGGCCGCUUCGUGUUCAUGGAGGAUGGGGCCAACAGGACGGUGGAGCCCAGAGCCGGCCGAGUCUCCUUCUUCACCUCCGGCUCGGAGAACUUGCACAGAGUGGAGAAAGUGCACUGGGGCACCCGCUACGCCAUCACAAUCGCCUUCACCUGCAACCCGGACCACGGCAUCUCUGACCCGGCGCUCGCCUAGCACAGUUGGGCAGUCCGGGUUGGGGCUCAGGAUCGAGGCAGAUCUCCGGCCCCUGCUCAGGCCUCAGGCCCCUGCAUCUGUCCCAUCCCCUCAGGUCUGGCAGCUGGAAGAACAGGGACCUCAGCCACUCUGGUCCCUCCAGAGCUGAGCAGGCCCACAGGCCACCCUCAUGGCAGCUGGCCCAGAGUCUGGGCACCUUCCGGCCAAUGCCUCAGAGCUGAGGGGUCCCUGUUCAGGAGAUGCCCUGGGCAUUUCACCAGGCACUGAGGCUACAGGUGUGAAUGGGCUAUGCCAUU